AGUUUGUUUUGAUGUCAACAGGCGAGCGACAGCGAUUCUGGAGUUUCGGAUCAGUCCUUUCAAAUGAUUGGGGAAGAAUAUCGGUGUUCUAGCUUGAAUAGAAAUGAACACCGCUAAAUUGCAAAGUACCGGGGUACUUAAAUUGGCUUCCACAGUAUGCGACUUGGAACGUACGUUGCUUGGUGGUCAAAGCUUUCGCUGGCGGAAAUUGUGCGAUGCUCCCCAACCCAAAUACUGCGGAGUUGCUCUAAACACCUACUGGGUGCUAGAACCGUCAUCUGAACACAUAACUUAUGAAGCUUAUGCGUAUCCAACAACAGUAUGCGAUUACCAUACACUAUUGUAUACUUAUCUGCGCGCCGACUUUAAUUUGGCAGAGCAACAGCGCAAGUGGGUGAGUUUGGAUGCAAACUUUUCUAAAUUCGUCAGUAAACCGGUGCGUGUACUUAAUCAAGAGCCGUUAGAAAAUAUCAUAAGCUUUUUGUGCAGUCAAAACAAUAAUAUAAAAAGAAUCUCGUCCAUGAUACAAUGGCUUUGCAAAGAGUAUGGAAUGAAGCUUGGACAUUUUCACGGUCAGGAUGAAUACACAUUUCCCACACUCAAUGCAUUCGAAAAUGUUUCGUAUGACAAGUUAGCUACUCAGCUACGCUCGGCCAAAUUCGGUUACCGUGCUGAAUUCCUAUCGCGGACGUUGAUGUACAUCCAGGCACAUGAUGGCGAGGCUUGGAUCGACAAGUUGCGAACAAUGCCAUAUUUUAAGGCACGUGAUACUUUAUUGCAACUUCCUGGAAUUGGUUACAAAGUCGCCGAUUGCAUUUGUCUGAUGUCCUUAAAUCAUUUAGAGUCAGUACCUGUUGAUACUCACAUCUAUAAGAUAGCACAGCAACACUACUUGCCUCAAUUGGCAGGCUUCAAGAGCAUAACUACUAAGAUCUACACAGAGGUUGCGGAAUAUUUUCGGCAAUUAUAUGGAAAAUAUGCUGGCUGGGCACAAUCGGUGCUCUUCUGUGCUGACUUGUUGCAGUUCCAGGUAACGGAUGCGAAAGUAAAUUCAGUGUGCAAGCGUAAAACACCAGGAAAUUUAGAAAAGAGCCAUACCUUAGAUUUAUCACCACCAAGCACAAACCACGCCCUAAAGCCUUCAAAGACUAAAAUUCGAAAAACUCAACCCAAAACUGCAUAACAUUUGAUGUUUGAGUCCAAAUAGUAGUGAACGCCUCUGGACAUGGUGCCUACUAUCCUAAUAUACAAUAUCAAAUUUGUUAUUCAUUAUAAAGACCGUGUUGAUUAGCGUACCAGUCAAAAGUAUUCAAAUGCAUUUUCAGAUUAUAUAUAUACGUUUAUAUAUACAUA